UCACUCUUUUCCCUCCCCCUUCUCCACCCGCAGGUCUCCGCCCAGCCUUGGGUUAAGCCCCAGCGGAGGGCCGGAAAAACCACAUUUCCCAGAGUGCACAGCGAGACGGAGUCCUCCAACCAGAGCGCUCCAGGCGGCGCCAUUUCUGUGGUGGGAGUGGUGGUGCGGCCUGCGAGCAUGGCGCUGUUCCCGGCCUUUGCGGACAUAAGUGAGGCCUCCGGGGGUGGGACAUCCAGGAAAGAAUUAGACUGGCUGAGCAACCCAAGCUUUUGUGUUGGAAAUCUAACGUCUCUGAGCCAACAAACCGAAGAGGUCACAGCCCUUGCUUCUGAAGGGUCACCACUGACAAGGAGUCCUCUGAAGUCAGAGCUCUCAGAUGAGAGUGACCCUAGCAAGACACUCACACAGAUAAGCCGAAAAAAGAAGAAAGAGAAAAAGAAAAAAAGGAAACAUCAGCACCGCAAGAAAGCUAAGAGGAGACAUGAGCAAUCGAGCAGCGGUGGGUCUGAGUCGGACACAGAUUCUGGGAAGGACAGAUCUUCCAGAAGCCUCAAGGACACUCAGAAGGAGUCUGAGAAACCCAGUCAAGGAAGUAAUGCUGCUGCUGCUGCUGCUGCUGCUGCUGCUGCUGCUGCUGCUGCUGGACACCACUCCAUUUGGCUGGAAGACAUUCAGACUCUGACAGAAGUCUUCAGGACAGAUAAGAAACCAGAUCCUGCCAACUGGGAGUAUAAAUCUCUCUACCGAGGGGAUAUAGCAAGGUACAAGAGGAAAGGAGACUCCUGCCUGGGCAUUAAUCCUAAGAAACAGUGCAUAUCUUGGGAAGGGGCUUCUGCAGCUAAGAAGCAGUCACACAAGCACCUGGAGCGCUAUUUUACCAAGAAGAGUGUGGGAUUAAUGCGCACUGAGGGGAUUGCUGUGUGUAGUAACCCUGAGCCCCCUUCCUCUGAGACAGUCACAUUUAUCCCCGUGAAGGACUCCGCUGAUGUGGCUACCCCUGUUGCAACAUGGCUGAAUCCUCUGGGGAUUUAUGAUCAGUCAACUACACAGUGGUUACAAGGACAGGGUCCACCAGAGCAAGAAUCAAAGCAGCCAGAUUCACAGCAGGACAGGGAGAGUGCUGUUCUCAAGGCCAAAGUGGAGGAGUUUAACAGAAAGGUGCGGGAGAAUCCUCGGGAUACUCAGCUGUGGAUGGCAUUUGUAGCUUUCCAGGACGAGGUCAUGAGGGGCCCUGGCCUGUAUGCCCUCGAGGAAGGAGAGCAGGAGAAGCACCGGAAGUCCCUGAAGCUCCUGCUGGAGAAGAAGCUGGCCGUGCUGGAGCGGGCCAUCGAGAGCAACCCGAGCAGCGUGGACCUGAAGCUUGCCAAGCUGCAGCUGUGCGCCGAGUUCUGGGAGCCCAGUGCGCUGGCCAAGGAGUGGCAGAAGCUCCUCUUCCUGCACCCCAACAACACGGGCCUGUGGCAGCGCUACCUCUCCUUCUGCCAGAGUCAGUUCGGCACCUUUUCUGUGUCCAAACUCCACGGUCUGUACGGCAAGUGCCUGAGUACCUUGUCUGCUGUCAAGGACGGUAGCAUCUUAUCCCACCCUGUGCUGCCAGGCACGGAGGAGGCCAUGUUUGCCCUCCUCCUUCAGCAGUGCCACUUCCUACGGCAGGCCGGCCACGCAGAGAAGGUCAUCUCUUUGUUCCAGGCCAUGGUUGACUUCACCUUCUUCAAGCCUGACAGUGUGAAGGAGCUGCCCACCAAAGUACAGGUGGAGUUCUUUGAACCCUUCUGGGACAGCAGUGAGCCCCGUGUUGGGGAGAAGGGAGCCCGAGGCUGGCGGGCAUGGAUGCAUCAGCAGGAGCGUGGCGGCUGGGUGCUUGUCAACCCAGAUGAGGAUGAGGAGGAGCCAGAAGAGGAUGACCAGGAGAUAAAAGAUAAGACUCUGCCCAAGUGGCAGAUCUGGCUUGCUGUUGAACGUUCUCGAGACCAGAGGCACUGGAGGCCCUGGCGCCCAGAUAAGACCAAGAAGCAAACGGAGGAAGACUGUGAGGACCCUGAGAGACAGGUGCUGUUUGAUGAUAUUGGACAAUCUCUGAUCAGACUUUCCAGCCCGGGUCUCCAGUUCCAGCUCAUCGAGGCCUUUCUGCAGUUCUUGGGCGUGCCUUCCGGCUUCCUGCCUCCAGCCUCCUGCCUUUACCUGGCCAUGGAUGAGAGCAGCGUCUUUGACAGUGAACUUUAUGAUGAGAAGCCCUUGACUUACUUCAACCCUUCGUUUUCGGGCAUUAGCUGUGUUGGCUACAUGGAGCAGCUGGGCUGUCCUCGCUGGACCAAAGGCCACAGCCGAGAGGGCGAGGAGUUUGUCCGCAACGUCUUCCACAUCGUGCUGCCUCUGUUCUCAGGCAAGCACAAGUCUCAGCUCUGCCUCUCCUGGUUGCGGUAUGAGGUUGCCAAGGUGAUUUGGUGUCUACACACUAAAAAGAAGCGACUAAAGUCUCAGGGAAAGAACUGCAAAAAACUAGCCAAGAAUCUCCUUAAAGAGCCAGAAAACCGCAACAACUUUUGCCUCUGGAAGCAGUAUGCACACCUAGAGUGGUUGCUUGGCAACAUAGAGGAUGCCAGAAAGGUGUUUGAUACAGCACUCAGCAUGGCAGGCAGCAGUGAGCGGAAGGACCGUGAACUCUGUGAACUCAGUCUGCUUUAUGCCGAGCUGGAGAUGGAACUGUCGCCUGACUCGAGAGGAGCCACCACAGGCCGGGCUGUCCAUGUGUUAACGCGACUGACCGAGAGCAGUCCCUAUGGGCCCUACACUGGGCAGGUCGUGGCCACUCAGGUUCUGAAAGCUCGAAAGGCUUACGAGCACGCCCUGCAGGACUGUCUGGGACAGACUUGUGCCUCUGACCCAGCUAGCACAGAGUCCUUGGACUGCCUGGGUAGCUUGGUCAGAUGCUUUAUGCUUUUCCAGUAUUUGACUGUGGGGAUCGACGCUGCUGUGCAGAUAUAUGGACAGGUGUUUGCCAAGCUGAAGGGCUCUGUUCUCCCAGAAGGUCCUGGGCCGGAGGAUAGCACCAGCCCUCAGAGUUUGAGCAGUGUUCUCGAAGCUGUUACCCUGAUGCAUACAAGUCUGCUGCGAUUCCACAUGAACAUUAGUGUGUACCCCCUGGCUCCACUCCGAGAGACGCUCUCAGAGGCUCUCAAGCUAUAUCCAGGCAAUCAGGUUCUCUGGAGGGCAUAUGUACAGAUUCAGAAUAAGUCCCACAGUGCUAACAAGACCAGGAGAUUCUUCAACAUCGUCACCAGGUCUGCCAAACACUUGGAGCCUUGGCUCUUUGCAAUUGAAGCCGAGAAGAUGAGGAAGAGGCUGGUGGACUCUGUCCAGAGAGUAGGUGGUAGAGAGGUCCACGCAACCAUCCCGGAGACCGGCCUGACGCAUCGGAUCAGGGCCCUGUUUGAAAAUGCAAUUCGGAGCGACAAGGGCAGCCAGUGCCCCCUACUGUGGAGGAUGUAUUUGAAUUUUUUGGUUUCCUUAGGGAACAAGGAAAGAAGCAAAGGCGUGUUCUACAAGGCACUCCAGAGCUGUCCUUGGGCAAAGGUGCUGUACAUGGAUGCCAUGGAGUACUUCCCAGACGAGCUACAGGAGAUCCUGGACUUGAUGACCGAGAAGGAGCUUCGUGUACGCCUGCCCCUGGAGGAGCUGGACCUGCUGCUGGAGGACUAGCGUACACCGGGGGCAGCGCUGGUCUGCUGAACCGCGAGGACCGAGGGCCCAGGCUGUGCCAGGGCUUGCUUAACUGUCUGGGUGGGGUUUGGACUGUUUUACAUAUUAUAUAUGUGACCAAUGAUGUACAGAUGGAGUCGUGCCAGUGAUAAACCUUUUGUGGUUGUGUGCA